AUGGCCUAUUGCUGUAAGAUCGGUUUGUGGGUGCUAAUGCUAUCGUUUGUGAUGGCGGACGGUAUAUUUCUAUCCAAUCUGAACGCUACCUGCUUCCGGUGCAUCUGCGAAGCGUCGACUGGUUGCAGCACAUCAACAACGUGCAGGCAAUCGUACUGUGGUCCGUUCUCCAUCUCCCGUGCCUAUUGGAUGGAUGCAGGGCGAAUGGUUCUGCCUGCUGACGAACCAACGCGUUGGGGUGCGUUUGAAGACUGCGCAAAUGAUUACGAGUGUGCGACGGGUAUCGUUACGCAGUACAUGGAGAAGUACGGCACGGACUGUAAUGGCGAUGGGUUAGUGGACUGUGUCGACUACACGAUGCUGCACGUCAAUGGUGGACCGCACUGCCAUGGUGCGCUCGGUGGUACCUUCGCCAGCAGAUUCUUUCAGUGUUUGCGGCAACGUAAAGCGUAUUCGUAA